ACACGAAUCCUCUGGGUUCAAAUUAGCAGUGAUGUUAGAAUUAAGGUCAGACAGGCAGAACGGUGGUAGAUAAUAGGAAAUACAUGUAGAAAUUAAUUUUCCUACAGAAUAAACUGUGCUUGAUUUGGAUACUUGUACUUUUUCCUUUUGGCCUCUUGUCCCGUAGAUCCACACUCAGCUUAAUUUCUGACUGGCUCCUUCCAGAGAGCAUUCUGCGUGUGUGUGUGCGUGCGUGUGUGCGUGCACGUGCUCACACCACUUCCCUGCGCUGCUCAUCAGUCCUGGCAUCUUUGUGGAGAAGGGAUGUUAAGGUGCUUUGCUCUUUGCUCCUGCUUGGUUCUGUUCGGCUGGAAGAAACAGGUGUUGCAGAGGCUGUUCUUUGUGUUCUAGUCAGCUCGGGGUUGAAGGACCGGCUGCGUCUCCGCGUGGCCGUCCCCUGGCUGAGCACCUGCCUGGGCGGGGCCGUGGGGGACAGGAAGGGCCCCAGGGCUUGGCCCUGCUGCGAGGAAGCCCUGAUCCUGCCCUUUGAACCGGUUCCGGGCAGACUCUGGUGCAGGAUUGCGUGGGGUGUGUGUCUUCCCUGGGCCCACAGAGCGGCCUUGCUCCCUGAGAGGCGAGUGCAGCCUGCGGUCUGCCUGGCCUGCGAGCCCUCGUCCCAGCGCCUGAGCCGAGGUGCCUCCGCUUGAGUCACGGUUCGCUCCGUAUAACCGUGUUCCCUGCCGGCAUCGGCCUCCCAAACAACCAAGGCGAGGAGGCGGCGAACGUGGGACAUUAUCUUGUGCUUUCCUGGCCUGCGGGCCUCGUGCCAGUGUGUUCGUGUGUUUCUGUGGUCGGUGCCCCUCCCGUGCCUGCCGUGCGGGCUGUGGGUGCCGCAUCGCUCCUGGGUGGGAAAGCAGGCGUGUGUCCUGCUUCCUGCCUCCCUCCUCCUGCGAGGCCUGGCCCACCUGCCUCUCCUUGCGGAGCCUGACCUUUGGCACACCACCCAUCGUUCUGCGAACCCCCCACCCCCGCCCCACCACCAGGGCAGGGUGCUUCGAGCUCCGGAGGGCGUCGUGGUUCCCCACACUGGAGCAGGUCUAGAGAGAUCACUUGGCCUGUUUGGACUGAGGUGACAUAGUCAUCUUUGAGUGCUGGUCUGUUCUCUCCUUGUGCUGGGGACCCGUCGGCGCUUCAGAGGAAAUACGUGCCCGCUCACCGUGAAGGCCAGCCAUGCAGAGUCAGAUCAACGCGGCCAAGAGACGCGUGGUGAUGGCGUCACUCUACCUGGGGACAGGUCCUCUGGAACAGGAACUGGUAGAUUGCCUGGAACACACUCUGGAAAAGUCACUCCAAGCCAAGUUUCCUUCAGACCUCAAGGUGUCCAUCCUCUUGGACUUCACGCGGGGCUCAAGAGGUAGAAAGAACUCCCGCACCAUGCUGCUCCCGCUGCUGCAGAGGUUUCCAGAACAGGUCCGCGUCUCUCUCUUCCACACGCCUAACCUGCGCGGGCUUCUCAGGCUCCUGAUCCCUGAGCGCUUCAACGAGACGAUCGGCCUGCAGCACAUUAAAGUGUACCUCUUUGACAACAAUGUCAUCUUGAGCGGCGCUAACCUGAGCGACUCAUACUUCACCAACCGCCAGGACCGCUACGUGCUCUUGCAGGACUGCCCCGAGGUCGCGGACUUCUUCACGGAGCUGGUGGGCGCAGUGGGGGAUGUGUCUCUGCAGCUGCAGGCGGACAACACGGUGCAGGUGUUGGAGGGGAUGGUGCAUCCUUACAAAGGUGACCGGGCUGCGUACUGCAGGGCGGCCAACAAGAGGGUGAUGGAUGUGAUCAACUCCGCCAGGGUCCGCCAGCAAGUGCUGCACGCCCAGACCUUCCACGGCGACUCCCUUUUGACUCAGGAGGACGCAGCCGCCGCUGGGGACCGGAGGCCAGCCCCUGACACCUGGAUUUACCCACUGGUUCAGAUGAAGCCCUUUGAGAUCCAGAUCGACGAGAUCGUCACUGAGACCUUGCUGACAGAGGCUGAGCGAGGCGCCAGGGUCUACCUCACCACCGGCUACUUCAACCUGACCCAGGCCUACAUGGACCUGGUCUUGGGCACGCGGGCUGAGUACCAGAUCCUGCUGGCCUCCCCGGAGGUGAACGGCUUCUUCGGGGCCAAGGGGGUGGCGGGGGCCAUCCCGGCUGCGUACGUGCACAUCGAGCGGCAGUUCUUCCGUGAGCUGUGCAGCCUGGGCCAGCAGGAGCGCGUCCGGCUGCAGGAGUACUGGCGGAGGGGCUGGACGUUCCAUGCCAAAGGCCUCUGGCUGUACCUGGCAGGGAGCAGCCUGCCCUGUCUCACGUUGAUUGGCUCUCCUAAUUUUGGGUACAGGUCAGUUCACCGGGACCUGGAGGCCCAGAUCGCCAUAGUGACAGAGAGCCGGGCCCUGCAGCAGCAGCUCCACCAGGAGCAGGAGCAGCUCUACCUGCGCUCAGGUGUGGUGUCCUCCGCCACCUUUGAGCAGCCAAGCCGGCAGGUGAAGCUGUGGGUGAAGAUGGUGACUCCGCUGAUCAAGAACUUCUUCUGAGGACCGACAGGAACGGCCUUGAUGAAGAUGACAGGCAUGGCCGGCGUCAGCUCCUUCAGCCUGGCCUCGGCGAGGACUCCGGUCUGGGUGUCCCAGCGAGCUCCUGCAGGACAGCACCGUGAGCGCAGGCUGGCCCGUGAGGCCGUGCCUGGGCGCCGCAUGGCAUGCCGGCAGCGAGCUGGGGUGCGGGGGGCACUAGGGGCUGGGCCAGCGCGGGCACGGCCGGACGCGUGGCUGUGAGCACAGAACCCGGCAGAGUGUUGGGCCCUCGGGGACUGCGGGGACCCCGCCACGUGCCUCUGAGGGACGGCACCGCCUCCAGCUCUCGGGGCCACCUGUUUACGUAUGUGGUGUUUUCAAACCUGUCGGUCAGCCUCGUCAGCCUCAGUGGCAGGAAGUGGUGGCUCCGCCUGGAAGUCCCAGGAGGCCACAUGCACAUCGCCCCGUCCGCGUGUGCACGCACAGGCACCGGUCCUAGUGCACGCGCACCUGUGACUUGCCUUUAACCAGACUGCUGUCGUUUCUACUCAGCCUGUUAAUGGUGUUUGUGUUUCCUGUCCGUCACUCCAAAAUAAACGUGGAGAGCGGC